AUGGCACAGACACAAGCACACGGCACUUGCGACCCCAAAUUCCAACAGGUACGCAAACAACUCCAGGACAACAUCGACUCAGGGGCAGAAGUCGGCGCUGCCAUCGCUGUGAAUAUCGAUGGCCAAGAUGUUGUAGACCUGUGGGGUGGGUUCACGGACAAGGAACGCACCCGGCCAUGGGCCGAUGACACGAUUGUCACCAUCUUCUCCUCCACGAAGACCGUUCUCAGUCUCGCGGUCCUCAUCCUCAUCGACCGUAAGGUCCUGUCGAUUAAUGACAAGGUCUCGAAACAUUGGCCUGAAUUCGCCGCCAACGGCAAAGGAGACAUUGAAAUCCGCCAUAUCCUCUCCCACACGUCGGGGGUCUCUGGCUGGGAUGCCGACGGGCCGCUCUCCUUCGACGACAUAUCCAACCUCGACGAGGCCGCAGCAAAGCUAGCUACGCAAGCGCCGUGGUGGGAGCCUGGUACCGCUUCUGGAUAUCACUCAUACACAUUCGGCCACCUAUUGGCAGCUAUCGUCCGUCGCGCGACGGGAUCAACGUUGAGGGACUUCGUCGUGGACGAGAUCGUGAAGCCGCUGGAUGCAGACUUCCACUUUGGCGUGUCCGAAGAAGAGCUUUUCCGGACGACCAAUAUCAUUCCCGCACCCAUGCCUACCCUCAGUCCCGGCAUGGGUCCCCAGCCGGGUUCCAUCACGUUCAAAACCAUGAACCCCCCGCCCUUUCCAUCGGACUUUGGCAACGGCCCUGCCUGGCGCCGUGGCGACAUUCUCGCAGGGAGCGGGCACGCCAACGCCCGCGCACUCAUGCGGAUCCUCUCGACACUCAGUCUCGGUGGCAUCGUGGACGGCAAACGUCUGCUCUCACAGGAGACUAUCAACCUCAUCUUUGAGCAACAGUCCAACGGGAUUGACCUUGUCAUUGGCGCGCCCAUUCGCUUUGGUGUCGGAUUUGGCAUCACGGGCGAGGGCGGUACAACCGUUUCUGACUUCCUGCCCAACGGACGUGUUUGUUUCUGGGGAGGCCUUGGCGGUUCGUUCGUUGUCAUGGAUCUGGACAGGAAACUCACCAUCACAUAUGUGAUGAAUAAGAUGUCCAUGACGGGCUUGGGAAACACUGCUGUAAGGUCUUAUAUCAAGGCCAUUUACAAGGCAUUGGAGGAUGAGUGA